AUGAGUUUUUUGCCUUGGACAAAAAAUAAUCGUGAUUAUCAACGAGAAUCUCGUGUAAGAGUCAGAGAUAAACUGUUAAAUAAUGAAGGAGUGGGCUAUGAAUCAAAUAAUUUUGACGACCAGCCACGUUUACCACAAACUGAAGAGCAAACAACAACAACAACAGCAAAUGAUAAUCUGAAUUUAGACGACGAAUACUCAAACGAUACAGCAGAAAAUCCAUAUUUAUCCAACGAUGAUGAAUCUUUAUCUUCAACUGACUCGAGUGAAUCAGUUGAACGUGAUCCACUAACCAUGAACACUUUCGAUAAGAUUUCGUUAUAUGAAAACUCUUCACAAUCUGUUUUUAAUUUAUGA